CCUCUUCCAACCUUCCUCUUGUUUGCGUCGAUUCGCGUCGGGGCGGUCCUCCAUCGUAGGAUGGGACUCCUACGACUUCAACCAGGCCUUAAACGAAUUUUCCAGGAGGCGCGGAGUACACAGCUCGUUCGGCAGUACCACGUCUCUCGACCGCGAUAUGCAGCUCCUACCAAGCCUGUUCGUGCAGUCGCACAGGCGGCCGUCGGUUCGUAUGGCAAGAAGGAAGGUGACCACGUCUUGAACUCACCGUCCGAACUCGCUCGCAAAAUUUCCGCGAAGGUUCUCCCCCAAAUACCGCGCCCGGACGUGCGCAAGGUCCUCAUCGUCGGCAGUGGAGGUCUCAGCAUUGGCCAGGCGGGCGAGUUCGACUACUCUGGUAGUCAGGCGUUGAAGGCUCUUCGCGAGGAGGGCGUCGACGCCGUCCUCAUCAACCCGAACAUCGCUACAUGGCAGACGUCGCACCAAUUGGCGUCGGAGGUCUACUUCUUGCCCAUCACCCCGGACUACGUGGCAUACGUCUUGGAAAAGGAACGCCCGGACGGCAUCCUCUUGACCUUCGGCGGUCAGAGUGCUCUGAACGUCGGCAUCGAGCUCGACCGGAUGGGUGUCCUCGAACGGCUCGGUGUGCAAGUGCUCGGUACCCCCAUACGGACGUUGGAAGUGUCGGAGGAUCGUAAUCUUUUCGUUCAGGCAUUAAAGGAAAUCGACAUUCCGGUCGCCCAGUCUACCGCCGUCUCUUCGGUCAAUGACGCGCUCGCUGCCGCCGACAAAAUCGGCUACCCGGUUAUUCUUCGAUCUGCCUUCACACUCGGUGGACUUGGGUCUGGUUUUGCGAACACCCCGGACGAACUGCGCGAUCUCUCGGCCAAGAGUCUCAGCCUGAGCCCUCAGGUGCUGAUUGAGCGGAGCAUGAAGGGCUGGAAGGAGCUUGAGUACGAGGUCGUUCGCGAUGCUGCAGAUAACACGAUCAUUUGCUGCAACAUGGAGAAUUUCGACCCUCUCGGUACGCACACCGGUGACUCGAUCGUCGUCGCGCCCUCGCAAACGCUCCCGGACGACGAGUACCACAUGUUGCGGUCGGCUGCGCUCAAGGUCAUCCGUCAUCUUGGUGUGAUCGGCGAGUGUAACAUUCAGUAUGCGCUCAACCCGACGUCCAGGGAGUACUGCGUCAUCGAGGUCAACGCGCGGUUGAGUCGGUCCAGUGCUCUCGCAUCAAAAGCAACUGGCUACCCGCUCGCGUACACGGCUGCGAAGAUCGCACUCGGCCAUACGCUCCCGGAGCUGCCUAACGCAGUGACGAAGACGACCACGGCGUGCUUCGAGCCUUCGCUGGACUACAUUGUGACGAAGAUCCCGAAGUGGGACCUAGCCAAGUUCUCGUCACAGGUGAACCGUGAGGUCGGCUCGGCCAUGAAGUCCGUUGGAGAGGUCAUGGCGAUCGGGCGCACGUUCGAGGAGAGCCUGCAGAAGGCUAUUCGGCAGGUGGACCCGCGCUGGAAGGGAUUCGAAGCGUAUAUUCAGCCGGAAGACUUGGACCGGGCGUUGUCGGAGCCGACGGAUAUGCGCCUGUUCGCCAUCGCCUAUGCGAUAUUCAACAAGCAAUAUGACGUCGAUAAGAUCCAUGAGUUGACCAAAAUCGACAAGUGGUUCCUGUACAAGAUCGACAACAUUGUUCAGACGGUCUACGCCCUCAAGCAAGCCGGUUCGCUCGAGAACGUCGACACCGAGCUCAUGGAGCGCGCUAAGCGCCAGGGCUUCUCCGACGCGCACAUCGCUGACCUCGUCUCGUCUAAGGAAGACACUGUCCGUGCACAGCGCAAGUCCUUCGGUAUCACACCCUUCGUCAAGCGUAUCGACACUCUGGCCGCCGAAUAUCCCGCGCACACGAACUACCUCUACACUACAUACAACGCGUCGGAGCAUGACGUCGACUUCAACGAGCACGGCACAAUGGUCCUCGGUUCGGGCGUCUACCGUAUCGGCAGUAGUGUCGAGUUCGACUGGUGUGCGGUUACCUGCGCUCGCAAGCUCCGUGAGAUGGGUAACAGGACAAUCAUGGUCAACUACAACCCAGAGACAGUGUCCACUGAUUUCGACGAGGCUGAUCGUCUUUACUUUGAGGAGCUCGGCUACGAGCGGGUUAUGGAUAUAUACGAGCUGGAGCAAGCUCACGGCGUCAUUGUUAGCGUCGGUGGACAAUUGCCCCAGAACAUCGCCCUUCGGCUGAAGCAGAAUCAAGUGAAUGUCCUCGGUACCGAUCCCCAGAUGAUCGACAAUGCGGAGGAUCGUCACAAGUUCUCGUCGAUCCUUGAUAGCAUUGGCGUCGACCAACCGGAAUGGACGGAGGUCUCUUCCGUCGACGCUGCUAAGGCGUUUGCGCAGAAUGUUGGCUACCCUGUUCUGAUUAGGCCCUCAUACGUCUUGUCCGGUGCUGCUAUGAAUGUCGUGUACGAGGAGGCUACCUUGGAGUACAACCUUUCUGCUGCUGCCUCCGUCUCACCCCUGCACCCCGUCGUCAUCUCCAAAUUCAUCGACAACGCGCAAGAGAUCGACGUCGACGCGGUCGCCCACAAGGGCAAGCUUCUCUUGCACGCCAUCUCCGAGCACGUCGAGAACGCCGGUGUCCACUCCGGCGACGCCACCCUCGUCCUCCCGCCCUUCUCCCUCACCGAGUCGGACAUGACGCGCCUGAAGCAGAUCGCCGAGAAGGUCGCUGCGGCCUUCGAGAUCAGCGGCCCAUUCAACAUGCAGGUCAUCCGCAAGCCCGUGGAUUCGCCCGGCGAGGAGCCCCAGCUGAAGGUCAUCGAAUGCAACCUCCGUGCUUCGCGCUCGUUCCCCUUCGUGUCGAAGGUUCUCGGCCACAACUUCAUCGACUUUGCGACCGCUGCCAUUGUCGGACAAGACGUGCCUGCGCCUGUCGACGCGAUGGUGGAAAAACGUGACUACACAGCCGUGAAGGUCUCUCAGUUCUCGUGGACCCGGUUGGCUGGUGCAGAUCCGUUCCUCGGAGUCGAGAUGGCUAGCACCGGCGAGGUUGCGGCGUUCGGCAAGGAUAUCCAGGAGGCUUACUGGGCUUCGCUACUCAGCACCACAGGCUUCAAGGUCCCGCGCCCGAACACCGGCGUGCUGAUCGGUGGCGACAUUAACACGCCCGAGAUGGCCAGCAUUGCGAAGACCCUUAUCAACCUCGGCUUCAAGCUCUAUUGCUCGUCCCCGGUUGUCGAAGAGUUCCUUAACUCGCUCCAGUACGUGAAGGCACAGCGGAUAUUCUUCCCGACGAAGGACAAGAGGUUGCUGCGGGAGGUGUUCGACGAGUACGACAUUGAGUGUGUCAUUAACCUCGCGAAGUCCCGAGGAAAGGACGCCACGGAUGAGGAUUACGUCGCUAGGCGAAACGCUGUCGACUUCGGCCUGCCGCUGCUCAACAACGCGCGGUGCGCGCAGCUGUUCGUCGAGGCACUCGAAAAGAAGAUACCCCAGGGCGGGUUGAAGAAGUACACCGAGGGGCGGAUACCGUCCGAGGUCCGGAGCUGGCGCGAGUUUGUUGGCAAGCGCGCAUGAUCUGACGAACAUUUGGCAAUCCUAGACAGUAGUUCUUGACACUCAAAAGCACCUUAGACCAUCUCCGUAGUACCAAAAGUACCACCCGGUAGAGCUGUAUCUGUAAUAUUCUGCUCUGUACUUUACACGCUGCAAUCUGUUUCUCCGCUGCUGCAUAUUCGUCCAGCGCAAGCUCAU